AGAGCGGGCGCCCUAUUUUAAAAUCGCACCAGGUAUUCUAGAGAGCUUACUACAUAGACAGGUAAUAUAGAGCGACACACGUACUGCAUGACAGCUUAACUAAACAGCCAUUCGUUUUCACUUCUACCUCUCUCUAUUUGGGAUUAACGGAUUAAUGGAUUAAUUGCCCUACUCCUUCCGAUGAAGCUAAAUCAACAAAAAAUUUUACAAUUCGAUCGGUGUGUUACUUUAGUGGAAAAUACCGUUUUGUGAAAUAUAUUCCAGGUAUAUAUAUUUUACAUGUAUAUAUGUAAAAUCGAAAGAGGGAAAAUGCCAUAAAAAUUGCAUGUUUCAUCAGAUUUUUCUUCUGAAGAGCACUGAAGGAAAAAAGAUUUCUUAAAAGUGGAGGAAGCAUUUUUAUAUUUUUUAAUGGAAUUAUUAGAAACUUCACGUUGUGCUACAAACGUGUGAUGAUUUGUGAAAUAAACCCGCGCUCGGCUCUUUUGAGGGCCGAUACCUAAGAAUCAAUAUUCAAUUUCUAUUUUUUGAAGAAAAAAAUUAUUUUGUGUGUGAAUUUGAGACCACUGUAUUUAUGAAAGCCCCCAGUUCCCCUCUAUGGCCACUUGACAUUGGUGUAACAUGGCCAGGGGAAGGAGCCAGGAUAGCUUGCUGCCCACAGUAUGAGGAAAAGUGCUCACUCGUUUAGCUUUAUAUGCAGGUCGUCGAAGCUGCUGCUCAUUUUACUGUUGUGCUUAGUGAAUUUUUCUCAGGUUGUCUCGGGUUUCAAAUUUGAUUUACAAAAGUUACCGGAAACUCUAAACGGGCCGCAAACAAGUUUGGUACGAAAAGGCUACUUGUGGAAUUUGUGCUCUAAGAAAUUUGUUCGAAUAAAAAAGCCUGGGUCUAGAGGCGUGGACGCUACUGGUACAAAGGGGAAAGACUUCACUCUUCUUAAGGUUACCUCCAUAGACGGGGGUUUUCUUCGAAUCCAAGGCAUGGAUAACAAUUUAUUCCUGUGCUUUAACAAGAAGGGCAAACUGCGGAUACGGAAUAGGCCUCCGAGAUCCUUGCCGCACAGCUGUGAUUUUUCACAAAAUCUGACAACAUUGGGUUACCAUACCUUUAAGCUCCGUGACAGACCCGAUUGGUCAGUCGGAUUCAAGAAAAAUGGCAGAAAGUUACCCGGUUUCAUUCGACCUGGGAAAAAUCACGAAAGAUGUCAUCAUUUUGAGCUAGAAAUAAUAGAUCUAAGAGUAAGAACACAGCCUUAUGACUUCGACAAAUUACCACCAGGAUAUGUAUUUCCUAAUGAAAGAAAAAAUAAAAAUAAACAAAAACGGCGGAGAAAAAUUCGACAUAAACGGAGAAAAAAUCUGCGGCGUGGUAGACUAAGGGGACGCCAUUUACUAGAAAAACCUAACGGUAUUGAUAGGUGAAAUACAACUAAUGUUUCUUUAGGAUUUAAAACUAUUUUAUCCCGGAGCUUUUCCUGAGGGAGAAAUUUUCAAAAUGUGUUCUCCAGGAGCGCUUCAAGGUACCCACCGAUGUGAUUGGUAUAGCACGAUGUGAUUUGCAAAGCAGCAAAGGGAUUCCGAGUGGACUGUUUUAGUGGUUCUACUUUGGAGGUGUGUAAAAUGAGCAUAGCAGUGAAAUACAUGUAACGUCUUUCUAGACCCAAAGGGGUCGCCAUUGUGAUAGAGAGAAGAACUUGACUUCUUUCAAACAGUUUAUCUGAAUGCAAUAUAUAUAUCUUGUAUCGGUCAUCAAGUGUGUAAAUAAACACCUGACCAGGCUACCGUAAUUUUAGCCAUAACUCAAAAUGUUCAAUGCAUUAAAAAUGUGGCAGACAUAAUAUUAUAUUAUGCGCACUGAUAUUGGAUAAGAGUGAAUGUGUGUUGUGGGCUCCGGAUUGAAGAGAAUGAUCCGUCCCCAAUCGGAGCCCAGAAAAACAAAGCGGAUCACUUGGAAUGAUUCUGUUUGGCACGACAGGUUAUUAGAUAGGUUUUUAUCGGAAACACGGGUAUAUACAAUGUCAAUGCUUGUCCUAUGUAGAUACAUAGUGACGUCAAAUAUGUCCAAUUUUUUUUUCUUAAAACAUUCCAAAACUUAAGGUCAUUUUAGACUAUAAAAGUAAAUUAUUUGGAUAGCGCUAUUGGUGUCGUGAAUAUUUUGCCCUUUGAAUAUAAAUAAUUUUUCAAAACCUGUUGUUAAAAAGGAUGUGAAGUUCGAUCGCGUGUGAACAUUAAUUUAUUUCAUUAAUGCCAUUUUUGCAUUUAACAUUUAUAUUUCACGAACUGGUAGCUUAAAUAUUGUUGGAAAUCCAUCAGAAGUAGUGAAAAUAUUGUAAUAGUCAUGUGAUAUGGCCAGUAUAUUAAAAUUGAAAACGAUUUGUGACGGGGGCAUUGAUGUAAGGUCAAACAUUCCAAAUGGACUUAGGAACUCUUCAGAAAUUGGAGGUGAUUUAAGUCGUAAUCAAAGCACUAGAAUCGUUUUCGAAUGCCAUUUUCGCUUUCUAGCCGCAUAAUACUAAUACGACAUUCAGAUUACUCAAACUGAAAUCCUUAAAUAUAUUUGUUCGUCGAAAGUGACUCAUAAACAAACAUGAUUUUUGAGAAAAAGUCUAUAUUCACCGGCCUAAGUGGCGGGAAUCAGUCGUUUUCCAGGUCUUUGAUAAAAGUUAUGUCACUUCCACAUGACUUCACUUGUUUCAAAAGUAAUCACAUUUGUUACUAUUUAUAGAUGUCCUAAACUAUUGAUGGUGCCUAUAUUGUAUUGAUAUACAAUGUUUUGUUUUGUUUCCAUGGUUAUUGUUUGUAUAAGAUAUGUAAUUGUUACCAAAGAAUAUUUAUUACAUUUUGUAUAUAUCUAUGUUAAAAUUGUCCCAUAAACUAUGUACCUAGUGCACAUAGUGCAGUAGAUACAAUUAAAAUUGAACUAUCCAACAGUUA